AAGAAACUCAAGUCAAUGAAGAAAAAGACUAAAAAAUGGCUAUGAUAAAGAAACAACAACACUCGAAAAAAAAGCUCUUCUCUUUCUUCCGCACAUGUCUGACUCUCUCAUAAACGUAAAUCUCUCUGUCAAAUAUCUCUGACCAGAGAGACAGAGUUGCCUCCACGUUUGUCCAGACAAGACUCACGCUCUUCCCUUUCACCACAUUCCCUUCUUCCAUUUCUCAAUCUCACUUAAGCUUCUCGAUUCUUCUUCCUCCAAUUUCGAAUCUUCCAAGUGAAAAAAGCUCUAAAGUUUGGAACUUUCUACAGUUUCUUCAUCUGGGCCUGCUCUGAAUUUCGUUUGUAGCUUAAUCUGAGCUUAAAGCUCGAGUUUUUACUUCUGGGUAUUGAAAUUCUAGGGCUAGUGAUUGAAGAUUUUGGGAACUUAGGUUGAUUUAGUAGGUUUGACUUUAGGUUGCGGAAUUUAGGUUGAUUUUGAUCUGAUUUGUGGAAUUAGGGUUUGUUUGUUCAUAAAGCUUCAAUUUUUGGCGUUUUUCUUUGUUGAAAUGGAUCGAUAACGAAGGUGUUAGAAGAAAGUUUGUUGCUUUAGAUUCGUAUUCGAUAAAGAAAUGAGUUUGGUUCCUCCUUUACCGAUUUUAUCGCCACCGUCGUCAAAUUCUUCAACUACCGCACCUCCUCCGUUACCGUCUCAGCCUACCACUCCAUCUGCUCCACCUCCGGUUACACCACCUCCUUCUCCGCCGCAAUCUCCCCCGCCGGUAGUAUCAUCAUCACCACCACCACCACCGGUUGUUUCGUCACCUCCACCGUCUUCUUCUCCACCACCGUCACCUCCCGUUGUCACUUCACCUCCUCCCACCGUUGCUUCUUCCCCUCCACCUCCUGUGGUGAUUGCUUCUCCUCCUCCCUCAACUCCGGCGACAACACCACCAGCUCCUCCGCAAACUGUCUCACCUCCACCACCUCCUGAUGCUUCUCCCUCACCUCCUGCACCAACAACAACAAAUCCUCCGCCUAAACCUUCUCCUUCGCCGCCGGGAGAAACGCCUUCACCGCCUAAACCUUCUCCAUCAACUCCAACAACAACCACAUCUCCUCCUCCUCCUCCAGCUAUCUCUGCUUCUCCUCCGUCUUCAAAUCCAACUGAUCCUUCUACUUUAGCUCCUCCUCCAACUCCAUUACCUGUUCUUCCCAGAGAGAAACCAAUUGCUAAACCAACUGGACCAUCUUCAAACAAUGGAAACAACACUAUGCAGUCUGAUUCAUCAGGUAAGAGCGGAGUUGGUACUGGAGGUAUUGUAGCUAUUGGAGCGAUAGUCGGAUUGGUUUUUCUUAGCCUUUUUGUGUUGGGUGUGUGGUUCACUCGGAAACGAAAGCGAAAGGACCCUGGAACCUUUGUUGGAUACACUAUGCCUCCUUCCGCUUAUUCAUCUCCUCAAGGCUCAGAUGUAGUGCUCUUCAACUCGCAUUCUUCAGCUCCUCCUAAGAUGAGAAGCCAUUCUGGUAGCGAUUACAUGUAUGCGUCAUCUGAUUCAGGCAUGGUUAGCAACCAAAGAUCUUGGUUUUCAUAUGAUGAAUUAUCUCAAGUUACAAGUGGGUUCUCCGAGAAGAAUCUUCUCGGUGAAGGAGGGUUUGGCUGUGUAUACAAAGGCAUUCUUGCAGACGGAAGGGAAGUGGCAGUUAAACAGUUGAAGAUUGGUGGAAGUCAAGGAGAGAGAGAGUUCAAAGCAGAGGUUGAAAUCAUUUCUCGGGUUCAUCACCGUCAUUUGGUUACAUUAGUCGGUUAUUGCAUCUCGGAGCAACAUAGGUUGCUAGUAUAUGAUUAUGUACCCAACAACACUCUCCAUUAUCAUCUCCAUGCUCCAGGAAGACCAGUAAUGACUUGGGAAACUCGGGUAAGGGUUGCUGCUGGUGCAGCUCGUGGAAUCGCCUACUUACAUGAAGACUGUCAUCCCCGCAUUAUUCACCGUGACAUUAAAUCAUCCAACAUACUUUUAGAUAACAGCUUUGAAGCCUUGGUUGCAGAUUUUGGGCUUGCGAAAAUAGCACAAGAACUGGAUUUAAACACACACGUCUCAACACGCGUAAUGGGAACCUUUGGGUACAUGGCUCCUGAAUAUGCAACAAGUGGAAAGCUGUCUGAAAAAGCGGAUGUUUAUUCGUAUGGGGUAAUACUGUUGGAGCUUAUAACUGGCCGCAAACCUGUAGAUACGUCUCAACCACUUGGUGAUGAGAGCCUUGUUGAAUGGGCAAGACCCUUGCUGAGUCAAGCAAUCGAAAACGAAGAAUUUGAAGAGCUAGUAGAUCCGAGGCUAGGGAACAACUUCAUCCCGGGAGAGAUGUUCAGAAUGGUAGAAGCUGCAGCUGCAUGCGUCCGACACUCAGCUGCAAAACGACCAAAGAUGAGCCAAGUGGUGAGAGCUUUGGACACACUGGAAGAAGCAACGGACAUAACCAACGGAAUGAGACCAGGACAGAGCCAAGUGUUUGACUCGAGACAACAAUCUGCUCAGAUAAGAAUGUUUCAGAGAAUGGCUUUUGGAAGUCAAGAUUAUAGUUCUGACUUCUUUGAUCGCUCACAGUCACAUAGUAGCUGGGGAAGUCGUGACCAGUCCAGAUUUGUACCUUAGUAGGUUUUAUUGUUUUUGCUACUUUCUUCUUUCCCCUUAAACAUGUCUUCGAUCUUGUAUAUUCUUUUGCAUGAUAUAAUGUAUUUUUUAAAAUAUACAUACAUACACAUAAAUUUGAUA